UUAAAAUAAUAUGGCCUAUGUUGACAUUUAGUUUUAGCAUAUCGGCGGAUUUUUAUGCCAGAAUUAUCAAAGGUCGGGGAAAGAAUCUAGAAGCGAUGGGUCGUAGCAGUUUAUCGAGGUCAAGGUCUCGCAGUCCGCCACGAAGAUCAUCGUACCGGUCACGCAGCAGGAGCCGUUCCCGUUCUCGCUCCCACAGUCAGGAGGCAUCGGCAGAUGGAGUGAGGGUCCACGUGGCUGACCUCGGCAUUGACUGCUCUAAGACAGAGAUAACAAAAGCAUUUGAGAAAUACGGAUUAGUAGCUGAAGUGUGGUUGGCACGAAACCCUCCAUGUUUUGCCUUUGUGGUUUUUAAAAAGAAAUAUGAAGCCGAGGAAGCCGUAAGGGCAUUGGACAACACAACUCUGUGUGGCAGCAAAGUUCGUGUGACAAUGGCACGGCCGCGUACACGGGGAUUAGGAGAUGGUCGCCGUCGAGGCUAUGACCCAAACAUGCGCUGCUACCAGUGUGGAGGGCGGGGACACUUUGCCAGAAACUGUGACCGUGUCUGGGGAUACCGACGAGAAAAUUCACACAGUCGCAGUGGGAGCAAAAGUCCGGUGCGACAUCGUCCGAGUAGACGACACAGCCGUAGCAGCAGGGACAGGAGUGUGUCACCACGAAAGUACUGACUUGUCAGCGUGAGGCGAGCUGUGCGAUGUGUGAGCAAUCAAAGAGAGAAACUGGCUUGAUAGAUGAGACUACUUGUUUAUUAGAUACUCUUCUUAAGGGCGCGUUUGUUUGGUCGGAUCUACUGAUCUCGAUCUGAUGGAUUCGUUGAUCUGACUGUUUGUUUGGUCGGAUCACUUGAUCUCGAUCCACCGAACACGACCCUGCUGGCGAGGUGGAUUCGAAAGGGAUCCAAUAUGGCGGCCCGUACCUCAGCCAAUCACAGCUUGUUCUUUGUUAUGAACCAUCCCGUGAUAGGUCAC